AAUGAAUCUGGAAACAAAAUUUAAAAGUUUUUCGUUUGACAAUUUUUUUUUUUGAAAUUUGAGAUAAACUCUAAUUUAUAACUCAUUUAUUUAUCUAUCCAUAGCCAUUAAUAUAAAAUCAUGUUUUCACCACUUGCUGGAGAAUACCACGAACCAAUGAUGACGGCAUCUCCAACCAGUCCUGGUCCACACCAUUCCCAAUAUCUUCCCAGUUAUCUUCUGGGUGAUAAUGUCUCUCAUUCUGGCUCUCCAGUGCCGAAACUGUGGUCAACAUCUGGCCAGAGUCCAACUUUGCAAAAGGGUCAAGGUCUUACGUCUCCUGUAGGUCACAUGACAGGUACACCAAGUAGAAAUGAAGGAUUACGUGGUAAAGAUAAAAUGGGGGCGCCACCUGUUAAAGGUUUAUUUUCUAGCAGCAUGAUUGAUACAUAUGAUGGUAGUCCAGCCUUACAGACGUCAUUUGCUGGUCAGUUACAUCCACGAUCACCACAGACACCAGCAGCUAGAACAUUAUCACCUUCUCAUCAAACACCAGGUUAUUAUAAUCAAUCACGUUUAAAUGAUAGUUUACUGGGAAACAAAUCAAUGAUACCAGCUUCACCUGCUCAAUUAGAUCCUUUCUAUACACAAGGUGAAACAUUAAAGUCGUAUGAUAUGUUAGAUGAUACAUGGAUAACAGUAUUUGGUUUUAAUAAAGGAGCUACGUCGUUUAUUUUAGAACAGUUUAGUCAAUAUGGUCAUAUAGUCAAACAUGUGGUGGCCACAGAAGGAAACUGGAUGCAUGUCCAUUAUCAAUCCAAGAUUCAGGCUAAGAAAGCUUUAAGUAAAAAUGGUAAAAUAUUUGGUGGUUGUAUAAUGGUGGGUGUAUUACCAUGUAUAGACAAGAAUGUAAUGGAUGGUCGAGCAUCUGCUAAUGAUAUGCCAAUGACCCCUUCGACCCCUCUAACAGACGUGACAAAUGCAGUGAAUGCGAGAAAUACUCCAACAAUUAGACCUUUAACGUCGGCUUAUCAAGCUUCUAGGAGUGAAUACGAUGUUGUAAAAGGUGGUCAAAUACCUCAAAAAGAUAAUAGUUUGAUGUCAAAGGUCAAAGAAUAUAUGUUGGGCUGGUGAUAUAGUAGUAAUAUAUUAAAAUAAAAAUGACAUUCCUUUGGGGAAAAGAUAAGAAAUCUAGAAUAAAUUUUAUUUAAUUUUGUGAUGGAUUCCUAUACAAAAAAUCGUUUUGACAAUGUGAAGUUUGAAUUGUGCUUAUCCCAGUCACUCUUGUCCAAAUUGUCUCCAUUUCAACUACGACUAAUAUCAGAACAACAUAGCACUAAAUUUCUAUACAGUGUCAAAGGUCAUACAUAGAUUCUUUUGUAUUUAGUAUUAAUAAUCAACACUAUUUGCUGGUCUAGUGUCAAUUUGAAUAUCAAAAUAGUGAAAAUUAGAAACAACAUAGAGGGAUUUUAUUAUGAAUGGAGGCGGGUGCAAUAAACAUGGAUAAAAUGUAAUAUAAUAUAAAUGUACAUAAGAAUGUUAUUAAAUUACAGAGCUUAAAGCAUCAUACAAUCAUGACUAAUAAUAAUAAUAUAGUUUAUAUUUUGUAAUUAAAGAUAUGUUUGUUUGAAAUGCAGAUUAUGUAACCAUACAUUAUAGACUGUGUCCAAACUUUCAUGAAAACUCUAUUUUUUUUCUAUAAAAGUUUUUGUUCCAGAAAUCUGUUAAUAUAUAUCUGAAAAUAUUGCUACUGUACUUUAAGAAGAUAUAUUUAUUGUAUGUUUAUUAUUGUUAGUCAGUCUAGUUUGUCUCUUGGUGAUAAUGGGGAUACUCGAUUGAACGUUCCGGAAUUAAAUUCUCUCAAUUCCAAAAAUAGUGUCAAGCAAGUGAAAAGGAGAAUUUGGGGGUACAACGCAUGUGCCGACAGCAUAAAAGUAUCUCAACCAAUCAUGACAGAUGAAACAUAUUUGUUACUUAAAAUAUGUCACAAUUCUACUCACACUACCUCAGCUGUCGGGACUGGCAGAACUGUGACAGGGCUGAAUUCUGUAUCUCUUGACUAAUUCGGUACUUUCCGGACUGACAAUGGAGCCCCCCCAAUGUUGUGGGUACAAUAGAUGACCUGAUUAAUAUUCAGGGAAUAUAUGUUUGAGUUCAAAUGGAGGAGUCACAGUGGCCAGGGAGUUCUUGGUUUGAUUCUGGUCUUGGCCGAGAAAGUACCUCAGAAUUUUUCAGCGUAGCUCCAGGGGAGGGUCUGGUAAAGUACUGUCUAGUCAUUUGUAUGGGACAAAAAAACAAAACAUCCAAGAUCAUGUGCACACAUUGGCGUGCAUGUAAAAGAACUGCACACAGUUGGAAUUCAAAAUAAAAGUAGGCUAUAUCACAGUAAUCCAGUUUAUGCAGAAAAGUAUAACGUUAAAGCCCAUGACAUUUAAAUGGAAAAAAAACUUUAGAAAAAUUCUCUCAUAGCAAAGUUAAUGAAUUUAAUGAGAGGUAUGAGAACAAGUCAUGUUAUUACCCUCGCUGUCUGUCUUCUAUUAAUUUUAUUAUGUAAAUAAAACUGUAUAUUGUUCCAAUAAAUGUGUAAAUACUUGUA